AUGUCUUCGCAUGAAGCCGCCUUGCAGCGCGUCAAGGAAGGGCUCACACCUGUGGAAUUAAUAUAUGUGUCUAAUCUCGAGUGGCCCUUUCGUGCUGGCAGAACAUCCUCUAAUAUUCUGCGAAUCUCGGUGCUAGAUUCCUCCUUUAACCCGCCUACUCUCGCUCACUUGGCUCUACUGGAUGCCGCCGCGCCAGACGAAGGCGAGGAAUAUGACGCGAAACUGCUACUAUUGUCUGUGCGAAAUGCGGAUAAGGUCUUGAAACCGUCGGACGCGACUUACGGUCAGAGGCUCGAUAUGAUGACCCUCCUUGCUCAAGAGGUAGACGCGAAUAGACCACCGUCUAAUCGGAAUGUUGCGGUGGCUAUCAUUGACGAACCGGUCUUUGUUCGCAAGUCAACGAUCCUGCGCAGUUUUCUGGACAAGCACCUGUCACCCUUGGAUGACAGCUCCCCUCCGAAGAUACUACAAGUAUCUUUGGUCUUUCUCAUGGGUCUGGACACCGUCACAAGGCUGCUGACGCCGUCCUACUACUCCGAACCGAUGCUCCCGACACUUCGCCGCUUCUUGUCUCCGCAGCCUGACGAGGACGGAUCCAGAGUCGUGUGUGCGACCCGCUCAAUGUCGUCUCUUGGGAUAUCCACCACGGACGAGGACGUCAAGGCGAAGUUGGAGUUAGGCAAGGAGUUCUUGGAGUCUGGACGGAUAGCUAUGAUUGAUCUGCCGGAAGGUAUGGAGAGGCUAAGCUCGAGCGAAGUCAGACACAAGAUUGCCCAAGGGGAUAAUACGUGGGAGGAGAUGGUUGCGCUGCCGGUGGCGACCUAUAUUCGAGAAAACGAGCUGUACCGGCAUAUGAUCGGCUAAGUGUUCGUUGGUGGGAGGACUGCAAGAUACACCAUGACAUGUAUACAUCCAUGAAAUGACCAGAACACUGAAGACGGACCUUAGACUGCAAUAAACCGUCCGUACAUACUUAAAUGACAAGCAUUAUGAAUGGGAGACAGAACGAGACGAGAGCGGGACGAAAGCGCGAAUGAAAGCAUGUCGACUUUAUGAUCUAGAAAGAAGAACCAGAUAAUUACCGGCGCGGCGGACAUCGGACACAGACGCCACCUACAGCUUUGUCUUCGGAUUCUUCCGCUGCAGUUCCUUG